GCGGCGCGAAGCUGGGCCCUCUGCCGCCCCGCGCCCCCAUGUACGCCUUCUACUCGUUGCUCAUCUAUAUUUUCUACAGCCUCUUCCGCAGGGAUGGAGGGGCUGCGGCGACUGCCGACUCCGGGGACCCCGCCCAGAGUGCCCGCUGCAAGCCCGGGGAUCGCCGCCGCCCUGACCAGCCCCCUGCAGAACUGUGGACCGAGCUGACCGGCCUGGUCGGCAACUCGGAGUCAGAAGAUGGGCCCGGCGGGGGAGCCGAGGGCCACCCAGCUGAGGUCUCCCUGGAAGAGGCUCUCGUGCGUCUUGCCGAGUUCCUCUCAGUCCAGCUGGGGGCGGAAGAGAGCUUCGGGUAUCCUACCGAUCUGAGCAAGCCUGGUGAUGUCCCCCCACUGUUGAUGGUGACUGGUCAGCUCUUGGCUCUUCUAGCAUGGAUUCGGAGCCCCAGGGGGAGACAGGCCUUGCCCCAGGGAACUCAGCCAGCCUCAGGGUUACAGCCCCCCACUCCUGCUGGAGUCACAGCCCAAGAAGAAAGCCCUUCGCCUUUACCAAGGGGUGAGGUCCAGGGGCAGCAGCUGGAGGAGGACCAGAGAGCUUGGCAGCAACUGGAGGAGCUCAUUCUUGGACAGGUGAGGAACCCAGGAGGCAGUGGGCACGGGGGAGGCUGGAAGGAGGUGCUCCACUCUGUCCUUGUUUCUCCUCAGUUAGAGGAGCUGAAGCAGCAGCUGGAUCUGCAGGAGGAGGGGCUGGGGCGACUGCACCUGGGAGUGGGGGCGACGGACUCGGAGAAAAGGGUUCAGCAUCUAACCCUGGAGAAAGAAGCCCUGAAACAGUGCCUGAUCUUCACUGGGGAGCUCCUGAAGCACUGUAGUCCUGGUUUCUCUACCAGAGCCCCCCAGGAGGAGGCAGAGGCACUGGUAGAGCUCCAAGGCCAGCUUCGGGAGGCCCAGAAUGCCACAGAAGCCCUCCAAGUCCAGCUGGGGGUGCAGGAGGUGCAGCUGCAGGGCCUUCGGGGGGCCCUCCGGCAGCUCCAGCAGGAGACGGAGCAAAGCUGCAGAAGGGAGCUGCAGCAGGUGCACAGGCAGCUGGCAGGACUUCGGGCACGCAUGGCCAGCCUACGUCAGGGCUGUGGGGAUCUCCGAGGCCUGGUCAGCACCUUUACCCAGAGCUGUCAGGGUUCACUGAAUGAGGCCCGGGGCCAGGUAUCCUGGGCCCUGGGGGCACUGUCAGUCAGUGAGGCUGGGCCUCAGCUCCCUGAGAAGCAGCAGGGGCCCCCACCUGGAUGCCCAGGGCGGAUACUGGAGCUCAAGGGAAAUAUCCGUGUGCUAUGUCGGCUGAGGCCAGGGACACCCUCCAGCCUGGUGAGCUCAGAGCCUGGCCUGGACGGCUCUGUCACCACCUGCUAUCGAGGGCACCGGCGUCGCUUCCGCCUGGACUGGGUCUUUCCUCCAGAUGCCAGCCAGGAAGAGGUCUUCAGGGAGCUGGAGCCCGCUGUGCUGUCCUGUCUCAGAGGCUACAGUGUCUGCAUUUUCACCUAUGGUCAGACUGGGACCGGGAAGACCUACAGCAUGGAGGGCCCACCUGAGGACCCUGGCAUAGCUCCUAGGGCACUGCAGUCACUGUUCCGGGAGAUGAGGACUGGAGGGCAGCACCAAGUGACCCUCAGCAUGGUGGAGAUCUACAAUGAGGCUGUCAGGGACCUCCUAGCCCCAGGACCCCCUGAGCGCCUGGCGGUGAGGCAGGGCCCAGCAGGCCAGGGAGGAAUCCAAGUGGCUGGCCUCACAUACUGGGACGUGCCCAACCUGGAGACAUUGCACCAGAUGCUGAGCCUGGGGAGGAGCAACCGGGCCACCGCUGCCACCGCCAUGAACCAGCACAGCUCCCGCUCACAUGCCCUGGUCACGCUGACGCUGCAAGCAGCGUCCUCAACACGAGGUUCAGGCACCACAGGCACGUUGCACCUGGUGGACCUGGCGGGAUCAGAGCGUGCCUGGAAGGCAGGAGGUGUCUGCAGGGCACGAGGAGACCCUGAUGACGCCCAGCGCCUGCGGGAGGCCAGGACGAUCAACCGCUCGCUGCUGGCCCUGGGAGGCGUGAUGACUGCCCUGCGCUCCCGCCGGGCACACGUGCCCUUCCGCGAUUCGCAGCUCACGCGCCUUCUUCAGCCAGCGCUCGGCCCUGGCGCCACCGCGGUGCUGCUGCUGCAGAUUUCCACUCGGCCAGAGGACCUAGGUGAGACCGUGUGCUCGCUCAAGUUCGCUGAGCGAGUGGGCCAAGUGGAGCUGGGGCCAGCUCGGCGCCGUAGGGCCCGGCGCUCUGGGACGCCCUCCUCCCUCAGCACAGACACACCACUCACUGGAACUCCCUGUACCCCCACGCCAUCCCCGGGCAGUCCUCCAAGCCCAGGCCCCGACAGUGGCUCCAGCUCGGCUCUAGUGCCCCAAGAGGACCUGCUCUCUUAGUCCAGCGCAAGGAGCCUGGGGUCGUGCCUCUGCAGGCAGAGGCAGCAAAAUCUCUGCACUCCCCCAAACUUGUUGACCUCUGGGGGCUCACUGGUCCCCAAAGUCCCUGAGUUGUUUCCCCCACCCCCACCUUUUCUGCAACAAUUGCCCGCCCCUCGGCCCAGGCCCUCAGCUCCCUCCUUAUCACCAUUUGCUGCUAUCACCUCACGCAGCAGGGGAUCCCAGAGCAGCCUGGCCUGGUAUAAUGGUUUCUGAGUCACCACAAUCACCACCCCGCCAUCAAAUAUCAGACUUGGAAUUAAAAUGUGGUCCAUUCCUUUACUGUUAUUUCCUCCACUACACCACCACCACCAGGUAGGGUCCCUGUUCCCUAUGCCUUGUCCCAAAAAGGUGCUACCUCCUUCCCAGACAGUUGAGGGAGGACAGACUUCAGGUUGGAGCUGCAAUUAAGUUCUCCCUCCCCCAACCCGGAGCCAGGAGAGGGGAGGUGGCAGAUGGUGAUGGAUGAAUGGAUGGAUGGAUGGAUGGACAGAGGGCCAGAGAAGGUGUGACCAGGAAGGGGACAGGAAAGGCUACUCCAAGCAGCACCACUCCUUCCAGCCUUGCUUUUGGGGGUAGCAGAGGCCCCACUGACCAUCAGGGCCAGGGUGGUACCCAAGUGGACACAACCCUCUGUGGGGUAGUCCAAUAAAC